GUUGGAGCAGCUUUGCCUGUUGAUGUCUUAACAUAUGAGGAAAAAACUCUGUCUGCCAUAUUAAGAGUUAUUAGCAGUGGCCUUGUUAAGCUGUGGAGUGCUCUAACAUUGCUGGGCUUCUACCAGAACAGGAGGUGUGCUUUUCGAGUGCUGCAGACCUCUCCAUUUCUUCUUGCGUUAUCUGGGAACAGUAGAGAACUAGUCCUGGACUGAAUGCAGUUGUUGGUUUGAUUGAACGAAGCAGAAGUUGCUUGAGAUGUUGCAGCCCUUCAGGUGUGGAAUUUCUGGAGGCAGUUUCCAACAAAGAGCCUUGACAAAAGUGAUGUUUAUCAACUCACUGCUUGGAUGUCCCUUAUGUCACAGUUUACACAUAAAAGUUGGAGACAAAGCCGAACUCACCAAAGCUUUUACACAGAAUGAUGUUGUUACUUUUUCUGAUUUAACAGGUGACACAAAUCCUUUGCACUUAAAUGAAGAUUUUGCAAAGAAAUCUAGGUUUGGGAGAACUAUUGUACAUGGAGUUUUGAUCAAUGGACUUAUUUCUGCAGUUCUGGGUACUAAAAUGCCCGGUCAAGGUUGUGUAUUUCUUUCUCAAGAGAUCCGAUUUCCAGCUCCCUUGUAUACUGGCGAAGAAGUCACCGCUACAGCGGAAGUGAAACGACUGAAGGGUUCCAUUGCACACAUUUCAGUGUCAUGUAACGUCAGAGAAAGUGAAAAGACUGUUAUGGAAGGGAUGGUGAAAGUCCUGGUGUCAGACAGCUAAAGCUGUUCAUCCUGUGCUGCUUUACUAUAAAGGCCAGAAAUGUA